GCGAAGCGUGAGGGACAAAACUGGAAUUCGAUGCGUUUGCGCGAGCGGUAUUCUCUUCAGAGAUAGCUUCGCGUUGCUAACGUGUUAGCACAAGCUCCCUCCUUGGUGACUCGCUGAUAAUUUAGCUAGCUUUUGCUACACAGGUCACCGGUGGGACUUUGAUCGCAAUGGGGGUGAAAGACCGGCCUCAAUGUUACUUUGAUGUGGAGCUAAAUCGGGAGCCAGUUGGGCGAAUUGUCUUUCAGCUCUUUUCUGACAUUUGUCCCAAGACCAGCAAAAACUUUCUCUGUUUGUGCACUGGUGAAAAGGGAGCCGGCAAAAUAACAGGGAAAAAGCUGUGCUACAAAGGCUCCACGUUUCACCGAGUUGUAAAGAACUUUAUGAUCCAAGGUGGCGACUUCACCGAAGGAAACGGAAGAGGAGGCGAGUCCAUAUAUGGCGGCUACUUUGAAGAUGAGAAUCUCACCCUCAAACACGAUCGGGCCUUCCUGCUGUCCAUGGCCAAUCGCGGAAAAGACACCAACGGUUCACAGUUCUUCAUCACAACCAAAAUGGCGCCUCAUCUUGAUGGAGUCCAUGUUGUCUUCGGCCUCGUCAUCUCCGGCUUUGAGGUGAUAAAGAAGAUCGAGGGGCUGAAGACAGAUUCGGCGAGCCGGCCGUACGCCGAUGUCAGGGUGGUGGACUGUGGACAGCUGAUCACCAAGUCUGCUAAUGACAUUCUGGAAGGCAAAAGGAUUAGGGCAUCCCAUUCCUCCGACUCCUCCCUCAACUCCCACGAUUCAUCACCAUCAAGCUCCUUUUCUGGGGAGUCUGAGAGCGACUCUGAAAAGUCCAGAUAUCGCAAGCGCAAGAGACACGGAAAGAAUAAACGAUCCAAAAAGCGGAGGAGGGUGUCCAACGGAAAGAAAAAUGUUGACCUUGAAACUGCCAAACAAAGCUCCCAUGAGCCUGUCGAAGAAGAAAUGGGAGACACUGACCACGGCGGGAAGAGGGAAAAGCUCGUCGUCCGACCGGAGGAGAUCCCGCCCGUGCCCGAGAACCGUUUCCUGCUUCGACAGGACAUACAAGCACAGGAGACCAAAGCAGAGAUAGUUGAGAAGCAAGAAUCCACACUUGAGGCUGAGCAGAAACCAGCAGUAUCAAAGUCUGGACGGAAGAUUAGAGGCAGAGGAACAAUCAGAUAUCACACACCCACGAGGUCGAAAUCUCGAUCUGUGUCAGUCGGUGAAUGCGGUAGCAGUGAAACUCCGCCCCACUGGAAAGAGGAGAUGAUGCGAACGAAAGCAUAUCACCCUCCGAGUGUUGAGAGAUGGAGCAAAGGAGACCGAUGGGAUGACAGAAGUGACUCUGGGUGGUCUAGGUCCUCUGAGCACUCGUCAGGAUCGGCGAGGUCAAGCCUUCAACGGCCAGCUAAAAAAGAGAAGAAAAGAGCUAAACACAAGAGGAAGGCCAAAAAACGUAAGCAUGGGAGGAAGAGAAGCUCCAAAAGCAAACCUCAAGAAUGUAUUGCAUCAGAGGGAGAAAGGUCACCCUCUUCAAGAAGGUCCAAUGUCAGAACAUCUCGCUCCCCAUCUCGUUCCUCUUCAAGUCAGCGUUACAUGAGACCGCGGUCCUCUUUGUCCAGGUCUUACUCCCGAUCACGCUUAUCCACUCGAUCCAGAUCGAGGGCGAGGUCUUAUUCAAGGUCAAGAUCUUAUUCACGAUCCAGAAGCCCGUCUCGCUCUAGAAGUUGCUCUCGAGCUCGAUCGAGGUCCCGGUCCUAUUCUCGAUCUAGGUCCAGACAUAGGUCGAGGUCGUUUACGCCAAGCAGGAAAAGGUGUUCGCCCAAAUCUCCAAGAAAGCAGAAAUCUAGCAAGUCCAAAACAGACGUAACAAUCCAUACACCUGUGAAGCUUUCUGAAAGCAAAGUCACACCAGCAUCCAGAGUCACGGCUGUCCCAGCUACAGAGAACGUUCCUGUGAUUCCACUGAGCGACAGCCCUCCACCCUCCCGGUGGAAGCCCGGUCAGAAACCUUGGAAGCCCUCUUACAUCCAUACUCAGGACAGCAAGGCCCAAGUAACUUCAGUGAACUUAAGCGUAGGACAACCAGUUUUGGAGCAGGCGGCAAGUUCAGUUCUGGAAAAAUGUCUACCUGAUGACUCAGAGAGAGACAAAUGUGUGACACAGCGGUCGCCCAGCAGAUCCUCUAGAAGCAAAUCCUACAGCCGCUCUAGAAGCAGGAGUGCCACGAAGUCCAGCUCCAGAUCUCGUUACAGCAGCAGAUCAGACUCUGUACAUUCAGCACACAAGAAGAAGAAAUCCCUUGACAAAGAUUGGAAAAAGUACUACCGUUCUCUAAAGAGAAUCAAGAAUAUAGACAAGUACAUUUCAGCUGCAAGUGCUGAAGGUGUCCUGUCAGAGAAGAAUGCAAGUGUCGAGCCGAGUCCUGAUAAAGAUGUUUCAAAGGGAAGUAAAGAGCGAUCUGAAUUUCAGGAUGGAGAGACAAUGAAUAACAGUUCAACGCAGGUGGAUAGCUUUAAUAACCUGUCUGGAUGGGACAGUGAGAGCGAUAAGGUGAGCCAAACCAACAGUGAUUCCUUGUCAAAGCAUCAGAAACCAUCUGGCAGCAUGCUUGACAAGAGUUCUGGCCUUACGGGGUGGAAUUCCGACAGUGAUCCUGAAAACAUAACCACCAGGGCGCUGCCUUUAUCAGAGAAAGAAGAAGGUGAGGCGAGUUCUGAAUCGGAACAGGAAACCUACAAAAUGGCCUCCAACACUGUGGAAGCUCCUGUUUCUGGCCUUUCCCAGGUGAGUCCAGGGAAGGCCUUUGAGUCAGAGAAACACAAGAGCAAGAGGAAGUCCAAACGGAAACACAAACACAAGAAUCGAGGAGAGGGCAAAAGCAGUUCUCAUCAUGUGAAGGAGAAGAGUAAGCGAUCUAAAAAGAAACGUCAGAAGCUGAAGGAGACUUUUCAUUGGCAGCCACCUUUGGAGUACGGUGAGGAGGAUGACGAAGAUGAUUGCAAGAGAGAAAAACGGAGCCCAGCUACUGCUGAUGUGAGGAGCGACAAAGACCCAAAUGUAACCUCUUCGAACAAGAAUUCUAAUAGAUUGGAUAAUAAGGCUCCACUGAGGGUAAAAGACUAUAAUUAUAAAAAUACCAAACUAUCUGAGCCUCAUCAUCAGUCCUCCGCCAGGAACAGUAGUAACACAUCCAACGUCAAAGAGCAGAACUCUAUGGAUGAUAUGGACAUCUGUACUCCCGAGCAUGACACUGAAACCACAGUUGAAGCUGGAGCCGUGCACAAUUCCUUGAAUAACACCCCAGAAAAAACGCUAAAAACUACCUCUCAUUUGCCCGCCAAGGCAAGUAAAGAUGCCCAUCCGCACCUGCAGAGCCUAGAACAAUCCUCUCUUCCCACCACAGAUACGGACAAGCCAACCAGCACUGUAAUCAAUUUCAAAUGGAGGCCCUUGAAAGGAUUGCCUUCGCUACAGAAUGUGAACACAGCGCAGCUCAUGACCAAAAAUCUCCACAUUCAGCAGAGCCAGAAGUCCAAUGCUCAAGGAGUGCGCAUGGAGAUCAAGAGCAAGAGCAGGGUCCGGCCGGGAUCGCUUUUCGACGAGGUCCGCAAGACAGUGCGUCUCAACCAGAGGCCCAGGAACCAGGAGAGCUCUGGCGAGGAAAGCUCCCCGUCGGCAAGCGUAACCAGAGACAACUCCCAGAGGAACUCGCACUCUGCCCCUCGGCGGUCUCGCUCAGCUUCCAGUCAACGUUCCCGUGCCAGAGACUGGUCACACUCCUACAGCAGGUCCAGGAGUCGAUCGCGUAGCUCAAGCUACUCCUCCAGGGAUCGAAGCCGGAGUCGACAGAGACACAGCCGGGGGCGGUCCCGCAGCAGCACAUACCGAAGCUACAGAAGCCACAGCCGGACAUACAGUAGAAGUCACUCCAGAAGUCACUCCUAUAAUCACCACAGGAGAUCCAGGUCUGCCUCCUCUGACAGCUAUUCCAGUUGGAGUCGCAGCGCGAGCCGGAGGCGAGGACGCCGCAGAAGUGACAGUUACCGGAGUUCAGACCGCAGAUCUCGGUCCUCACGCUCGUCCAGUCGCAGUUCAUCCAGACGCUGGCGUCGCAGUCGGAGCAGCCGCUACAGCUGAGACGUUAGCAACCCGCCAUCAUCUGUUACAGGCCAGUUAGUUCAACACCAAAAGCAACUGAGGCCAUGGGGCCGCUUUUUGCGUACUGAUCCACGACUGUCCUACGUGCUUGGAAAUGAAUGUAAUGUAUCAAAAAGAUUGUACAAUACAGCUAACAACAUUGUAUGGUAAUCAUACUUAUGGGAAGAUGUUAUGUUUAUGAUGUAAAUAAUCUUUUUGUUUUCUUUGUUCAUGACUUUCAUGUUCAUGUUUCAGCUGUCAUGUGUUCAUGUCAUGUUGCCCCCCACCAAAAGGUUUUGUGAAAGAGUUUUAAUUGAUGUCGCUAUACGGAUGUUUCACUGGUGUAAUAAUGAUGAUGAAAAUCUGGUUUAUCAUUUGGUUACGAACAAUAGUGAUGCGCAAUAAAAAAAAAAAAAAAACA